AUGUAUCGUGGAUCACCCACGAAACUUCAUAAUCAUGUAUCACGGCUUCUGGCGGGCGGAAUUUACAAAGUUCCACCAAUUUGGUAUCCGGUUAUGAAAGUUAUUCCGCCUGGUUCGAGUGUUCUUCGUUCUCCACUCCAAUUUCAGGAACCUACUUUACCGCAAAGUCGGUGUGAAGGCCGAAAUAGAGUAAAAUCCUUCGCUUUUAAACAUUUACGAACAAAAGUUGCACGACCACAAAGGAUUGUCUAUGAAGAAGAUUCCUUACGACGACGAUUCUACAGAGAUCAUCCAUAUGAAUUGUUGCGACCUCAAAAUUUAAUAGAAAAAGAAAUACCUGUUAGAGAAGAUUGGAGCACCUUAUUAAAUACAAAAAACCCUACCCAAAUUAAUGGGGAAAGUGAAGCAUAUGCUAAAGCAUGCAAUGAAUUUUAUGCAAUUCGUGCGAGACAGGAGGUAGCAGAGCGUGUUGCGGAAGAGCAAGCAUUAGUAUUUGGUGCUAAGCGAUCUUUAUCUCAAACUGAGAAGGUAUUAUUAUUAGAACAAGAAAAUAUUAAGAAAUGUCCGCCAAGAGUGGUGACUCUGGACAAUAAUGAAAAAAUUGGAUAA